AUGCUCGCAGCGCGCCGCUUUGCAGUGUACCGCCGUCCUACAUGGCAGCAGUCGAGUCACCACAUAAACCACCGUCACUUCGGUCGUCGUAGCAACCGACUGGAACGCAUCUCGAGGCCGCGCCCUCCAUCUGCCCGAGCACCGGGAUCCACGAAAGCUCUCCUGUUGCUGCUCGCCACCAUAUGUGGCAUUCAAGUGUACUCGGGCGACUCCUCCGAGGGCGCCGACUUCGUGGCCAGGAACUUCACGACGUCGACCGAUAAGGUUCGAUGCGGCAACGUGCACACGCUGGCCACGUCGACGCUCUACUCACCGAACGCUCGCUCGGCACUGCUGAACGUCCUAUGGCUCGUGAUCCCGGGGCGUCGUGUGUGUCGCGCACUGGGCAACACGCAGUUCCUCGCACUGUUCAUCGGCAGCGGGACGAUCGCCAACACUGUGUCGGUGACGACGAUCGAUGGUCUUCCAAGAUCCCAGUCACUCGGAGGCGCGGUGUGCGCCGUGGACUGCAUCGUGACGCUGAAUGCGUUGCUGUACCCGCGACUUGCUCGGCGAUGGAAGCGCUGGCCGCUGUGGCUCUUUAGUGCCAAAUUCCUCAUGCGUGACGAAGAUGAACAAGCACCAGGGAUGCACGUGACGGGCAUGCUGUGUGGACUGGCGGCGUACUUGGCGCUGAGGCGCCCUCGCCAGUGUUUUCCAGCGCGGUAG